AGUUCCUCUACGCCGUCUCCCGCCCACUGGGCGCCGCUGGCUAGCCGGGCUACAGAGUAAGCCUCCUGCAGGGUAGAGUGACAACUCUCCGAUCGGAAGUUACUGUUGAAGCUAAGGCGGCCAUAACUGAUAAUGGCAACAGGAGUUUCCUGGCUUCCUGUUUCCAGGGUGACGUAGAUUUUUUUCCUUCGCCAGUCUCACCGUUACCCGGGGCAACAGCUGAGCCGUCUGGGAAGGGAUGCAUCUUUUCUUCUGUAUGCUUGAGUCAAGAACUCUCAGUCAUCUUGGUAAUACCGGGUUGGAUGCUUAAAGCUGCAGCAAAAAGACCAGAACUUUCAGGGCCAUUGUUUGUGGAAGAUAUAACCACAAUGGUGCUGUGUAAACCCAAACUUUUACCCUUAAAAUCUCUGACUCUGGAAAAACUAGAGAAAAUGCAUCAAGCAGCACAGAAUACAAUUCGCCAACAAGAAAUGGCAGAAAAGGAUCAACGGCAAAUAACCCACUGAAUAACUGAGCACUUUAGGGAACAACCUACAUUAUCUACUAUUUAACAAUAACUAGAAAAUAUGCUUCUGUGUGCUGAAAGUAGUAUGUGUUAAUACUAUCAAUAAAAUUGAGAGUAUUCAUAUAAAUACAAAAAUAUCCAAGAUUGAUGAAAUUUGUAUUAUGAAUAUAAACACACUGGUUUGUAUUGAACAUAAACAGUUGAACUAUGAACCAAGUUUUAUGGGGUUUAAAAGUCAUGUUUUUAGAAUUGCAAAUUACAUUAUUUGUUCACCAUUGCUAUUGCUAUCUUUUAUAGGUAACUUGCUUGGGAUCUCUUAUAGAUAACAUUCUUGGGCACAAGGGCCUAAAUACAACUUUUAUAUACAGAGGAUCUUUAUGUUUAUUAAAUCUGAAGAUACAUUCCAAUCUUGCAUAAAGUGUUCAAUGAGCUUUUACAUUACAUAAAAAACAAAGUUUUUAAACCAAUUUUAUGUGCUGUGUCACGUUUAAUGCUGUCUUGUGUGACCAGAUCCUACCAGUAAUAACAAAACUGUCUUAAACCUCUUUUUUUUUUUAAGACAGAGUUUCGCUCUUGUUGCCCAAACAAGUGCAAUGGCACCAUCUCAGCUCACUGCAACCUCCGCCUCCUAGGUUCAAGCUAUUCUCCUGCCACAGCCACCCAAGUAGCUGGGACUACAGGCAUGCACCACCACGCCUGGCUAAUUUUGUAUUUUUAGUAGAGAUGGGGUUUCUCCAUGUUGGUCAGGCUGGUCACAAACUCGCAACCUCAGGUGAUCUGCUCACCUCGGCCUCCCAAAGUGCUGGAAUUACAGGCGUGAGCCACCACGCCCCAGCCCUUAAAUCUCAUUUUUAAGAAACCCUCACCUAUUCUGUGGGCAGCUAACUUUUAAUUACAUUAAUUUUAAGGACUUGAGAAUAAAAUGACUGCAUUUAUCAUCCAAGUGUCAAACAAUAAAAAACCUAAAAAUGGUAACUAUAUUUAUAUAAGCCGAGGAAAUAUGGGCUUGGAUAAAACCCAUGAGGUAAAUAUGAACAUUAAACUUGGUUUUAACUGUAACGGACCGUAUCUAAACCUGUAAUUAGUAUACUCCUAACAGUACCCUCAUAAAUUCUGAAUAUAAUUCUUGUUUGCUACAGUCAAUAUUUGGCAGUUUAAAUUAGCAUAGACCUUGAGGCCUUGCUGAGUUAUUAGGCUAUGUAAAAGAGGUUAAAAAUAUGAUAAUUCUGUGUUACUAAUUGGUAAUAUUUUCUCAUACAUUGGGUAAAUGUCAAGCUUUGGGUCUUUGGAGUAUAACUUUUUGUAACACUAGCCAUUAUUUGGUAACAGAAUUUAAGGAUGAUGGAAUGAUGGAAAGUAUAACAUUUCUAAAACUUAAUUAAGCUCUAGGUCAGAUAACAAUGGAGUAAAGUGAUACCUGCAUUUUUUUUCCCCAGUGUAAUCUUAAUUUACUAUCGUACUUUUCACUUGAAAUUUUGUAGGGAAAAAGUUUUCAAGGAACACUAAGAUUAAAUUCACUAGGUUCAAAUAUGCUUCCUUAUGAGACUUAAACUUUACUGUGUGAAAUUAAAGUUUAAGAGGCCUAAAAUAAUGUACUCCCAAUAAAGAAUCAACACUGCUUCA